CCCGGAAAAAAAACUAUCACCAAAUUUACUUUUUGUUUCCCACUGAUUACCAAAAGUUAAGGCAACUUGAGAAAAAGGCGACAGCUUUAAUGGGGGUAAACAUUUUACUUUGUAUCCAUUAAACCAGCUUUUCCCUAUUUCUUUCCUGGAGAAUUCUUGAAGGUCUUCAACUUUCAUGGAAAGUCCUAUCAUAAUUCAACCCUUUCUUCAUCAAUAUCACUAAGAAAUCCCAAAAAUCUUUUGCUUCCUAAAUAGUACUCCAAAUUACUAUUUCUUUUUCCCUCUUCCUCUCACUCUCAUUUUUUUCCCUAUAUAUUAGUGGUGAUUUUAGGCAUACAUCAGUCCUUCCAUUUCUCCGUUUAGCUUGUAUUCCAAUAUGGCGUCUCAAUUAUAUCCGUGCCUUUUCUUUUCUUUGUUUGCUUGCUUUUUCUUCUCUUGCUCAGUGGCGUACACCAAUUUCUAUGUGGGUGGCAAAAAUGGUUGGGUUGUAAAUCCUUCUGAGAAAUAUAAUGACUGGGCUGGGAGAAAUAGAUUCCAAGUUAAUGACACUCUCAUUUUUAAGUACAAAGAAGGAACAGACUCGGUGUUGCUUGUUAAGAAAGAUGACUAUUAUAAUUGCAACACAAAAAAUCCUCUCAAGACUCUGAAAUCAGGCACCUCUGUUUUUCAACUUGAUCACUCUGGUCCUUUCUUUUUUAUUAGUGGAAAAAAAGACAAUUGUGAGAAGGAACAAAGAUUGAUCGUUGUAGUUAUAGCUAUUAGAACAAAAUCAGUCCCACCAGUCUCUCAGCCUCCUAUCAUAUACCCAAAUGCGUCAUCCCCAGUAGCUCACCCUCCAUCUAUUUCCCCUGCAUCUCCAUCACCCAAAACUCCAUCAUUGUCUCCGGUGCCUACAGUGUCCCCUGCUUCUCCAUCGCCAAUUGCCAAGACUCCCUCAGUGUCUCCAUCACUGUCACCUGUUUCUCCAUCGCCAAUUGCCCCGACUCCCUCAUUUGCUCCAUCACCCAAAUCUCCAUCCUCAGCUCCGGUACCUGUACCUACAGUGUCCCCUGUUUCUCCAUCACCUAAUGCCAACACUCCCUCUUUGGCUCCAUCACCAGAGUCUAAUACUCCACAGACAUCUCCAGUGAAGUCACCGUCUCCAUCUCCUUCUGCAAUAUUACCAACAUUAUCUCCAACAGAGGCUCCUUCACCAGCAACUCAGGCACCAAACCCUCCAUCUCCUGCAACUGCUCCUACUGCUGCCUCUCCAGCUCCGUCAGAAACAUCCACACCUGAGCCAGCAUCAUCACCAGGCAACGAUAAUACUGGAAACGUCAAUGCUCCUGGUCCAUCUCGUUCUGCUUCAUGGGCUUUAACUCCUUCAAUGAUGAUGUUGUUUGCGGUCUCUUUUGUUGUCAGUGUUACUAUUUGUGCAUCUCCUCGGGGAGUCUAUUGAAUAAUCUGAUAAUGGGUUUGAUUUGGAUUUUUUUAAUAGUUUUGUUAGAAUUUCUCAGUUAAUUUUUUUUUUUUAAAUAUGGUUUUAAUAUCACUGCAGACCUUUGUUUAAUGGUUUGAUUUAUUUUAAUUUAUGUUAAUGACAUAUCUUGAUAUUCUUAAAA